GAUGCCUCGCGGUUGCACGUGAGCAGUGGAAUGCGCGGAAUGUGUUUCCUGUGUUUGACAUCAUGAGCCCCGCUCCUCCGCUCAGGCUCCGCGCUGCUCCGUGUGUUUCGGCGGAGGUCCCGUGAAUGAGCGGCUCUGAGGCGCUUCAGUGAUGGCCGAGCCGCUGCUUAAAAGAACCUUCUCCAAACUCCGCGCUAAAGAGCGGUUCCGCCGCAAGACGGACCCCAAACUCACCGAAGUGACAGGGAAGGUGGACCUUUUCCAAAGUUCUUCAUCAACUGCAUCCACCACAGGCCAUGCUGAGACAGAGAGCUCCACUGUGGAGGAGUGUACCAGACGCUCCCAGAUCACCGUCUCCAAAAAACAGAACUGGGCCAAACUUCCCUCUACAAGCAAAGACCCAGCCAGCACAGAUCUGUGUACGAGCCUGGUCUAUGGGCCACAGGACUGGGAUUUGUGCUCAGGAAAGGCUGAAGUCUCAAAACAGGCCUGGAGCCAAAGGACUUUGAGUGAGGAUGGUUUGAAGAGGAAGCGGAAAGAUCUGGAAUUGGAGUUUGGAUUUUCCAGGACACCAUGUGACUCAGUUGACACCGGUUUACCGGAGUUGACACCUCCGUCUACAGCCUAUAUGGAUGCGUGUGACUCUUCCAGCUCAGCGAAGAUCUCUGGGCAAGGCGCCUACCUCCAGCACCUGGACAGGAGUAGUCGGGCCUGGGUACUGUCCACAGGAAAGCCCCAGGCAUCAGAUGAAGUCCUCCCAACCAGAAUCACAGAGUUGCGGCAGGGCCCAGACAGAGAUGGAAACAUUUGGUACAACCCCAUUCCUGAAGAGGAUGACUCGAAGGCCACUGGAGGAACGACUCAGGAAAAAUAUGGAGAUCCGUGGAGAAAGAGAAAAACUGAGGAAUCGGCAAAGGAGAAAAGAGACCAGAAACAAUCAGGGGGUUUGACUCCCACCGGCGUCCAUCAAAUGAAAGAGAUUCAAACUGAGGCCGACGUCAUCAGGGCGGAUAGUUCGGAUCUGGUUAUGCUACAGUCGGACUGUAUUAGCUCUGCUAGUGGUGUGAACUCUGACAGUCCCGGGGCACCAAAGAAAAGCCCGGGAGAGGGUGGAAGUGGCAGCAGUGUGAUCGACAGGAUCAAGUCUCCAGGAACAGUGCGGCGGCUUUCUAUGAAGAUGCGGAAACUUCCGGAACUUAGGCGGAAGCUUAGCCUACGCUCGUCCCGUAAUCAGCGACACGGUCAAGGGAACACCAGCAGUGCACCAGGAGCAUCCGAUGAGGCUUCACCACCAAGUACAUGCAAGGAAUCAUCCAACGUCAUCAGCAAGUACCACCUGGACUCCAGUGCUCCUGCAAGGCCAAGGCGUCGAUCCUCUCGAAUGCGUUCUUCUAGUAAGGGAGGUUAUCUUAGCGAUGGAGACUCACCUGAACUCUUGCCAAAGCAGGGCUCGGGCCAGGGGUCAAAAGGGUCACCUACACCACCACCACACCGUGGACCACAAGAUUCACUAGCUGUGGUAGAUGCAGAGUCAUUCCGCUUGUACUCGCUGGCGGAUCAGCCUCGCUGUGCUCAGAGGCUUUCGGGGCUGCUCACAGUGCAUCUGCUGGGCGUCGACGAGCUGCUACGAUCCCCUCGGACCGACACUACUAAAGAAGUCUUCUGUGCCAUUCAAGUGGAUGGGGUGACCCGGGCUCGAACGUCCCUGCUCACCUGUCGAGGGGCGUGUCUCCCACUAAACCACACCUUUAACCUGGAGCUCGAGAGGGCGCGGCUGCUCAAACUGAUAAUUUUGACGCCAACUGCUUCCAGCGCAAACAACAACGGCUCUGCCGCGCCUGCUGCUCCCGCACGUAACCGGGUGUGCUGUCUGGGUGCUGUGGCUAUACCGCCUCUCUUCAAGGCUUCUCGCAGUCAGCAGCUGUGUGUCCGUCUGGAUCCUCGCGGUUUGCUGUAUGUGAAGUUGACCCUUCUGGAGCAGUUCGUGACCCCGUUCCCCCGCCUCAGUGACCUGCCUCCCCCUAAAGUGUUUGGGGUGGAGCUGCGCCACCUGGUGGAGAAAGAGGUGUCUGCGCUCAGAGUGCCUCUGAUCAUUCAGAAGUGUGUUUCUGAGAUCGAGAGGAGAGGACUCAGGGUGGUGGGAUUGUAUCGUCUUUGUGGCUCCGCGGCGGUGAAGAAGGAAUUGCGGGAUGCAUUUGAGAGGGACAGUGCAGCGAUUACCUUAAACGAUGAGCUCUAUCCCGACGUCAACGUCAUUACCGGCAUUCUGAAGGACUACCUGCGAGAGCUGCCGUCUCCUCUCAUCACGAGGACCCUGUAUGAAGUGGUGUUAGAGGCCAUGAUGGUUCGACCGGCCUGCAGAAACACCAGCGACGCUCAGCGAUCACAAAACACCGUCUCACUGCUGCAGUGUCUUCCUGAAGCAGAGCGGGCGACUCUUUCCUUCCUGCUGGAUCAUCUGAGUCUGGUGGCGUCUUACAGCGACAGCAACCGCAUGACGUGUCAGAAUCUGGCCGUGUGUUUCGGGCCGGUUCUCCUGACGCCCACACAGGAGUCGUGGCAGGCCGGGAUGACGGCUCCUGGAUCAGGGGCCCUGGCGGGGUCCAGGGCCGGUCGAGGAGGCCGUAGUUUUGCACACAGUGAAGAGAUCUCCAGCGCCGUGGACUUUAAACGACACAUAGAGGCGCUGCACUGUCUCCUGCAGCUCUGGCCUGUACCCAAAGGACGAGUGACGGAUGACUCUCCGGCGUCCUCACUUCGCGCCGAGCUCCCGUCGGUUCAGGAUGUGGUGGUGGUUUCCCGCAGGGGGCGUGGCCGACUGGAGAGCCCGCCCUGUAACCGCUACGCCGGUGAUUGGAGCGUUUGUGGGCGGGACUUCCAGUCGAACGACGAGGCGGAUUACGACGAGGUGGCAGGCAGCGAGAGCGACGACGAAGACAUGGAGGAGCCGAAGAAGAGGGACAUGUGGACGUCUCCCGAGGGUUUGUACGUGGACGAGUUUGCGCUCGACUUUGACGCUCCGUUCACGUGCCGAUUGAGUCUGAAAGACUUCGACACUCUGAUUUCAGACUUGGAGAGAGAGUUAGCCAAACAAAUCAACAUCUGCCUCUGAAGCAGGACUGAAUGUGCAUGCGUUUUAAUACGCCGUGUGAAGUUAAAAAUAGAGCAAACGCUUCUCGAGAGCCAUGCGUUCUCUUGCGUGUGCAGUAUUGACAUAAAACAACAAACAGUGUGUGUGUGUGUGUGUGUGUGUGUGUGUGUGCGUGUGUGUGU